AUGGCAGCAUUGGCAAAAAUUGUCAUCUUUUUAUUCCUCGUUUGUUUAAUUGAAUCAUUGUACGCUGCAUCUACGGAUCAAAAUUACGAAUCUGAUGAUGCCAAGCCUGAAGCUACUAAGACUUCUGAAACCCCAGAGAAGAGCUCGGAAUCAGGCCCCGGCAGCAUAUUAGAAAUCUUCAAGAAAUUUCAAUCUACGAUAAGUUUUGAAAAAAUAUUUGCCCAGUUUAUGAACAAUCAGAAAAAAGGAGAAAGUAAGGAU